UAUUUUUUUUUUUAUUUUGAUAAUACACGAUAAUUUCUUGUAAUGAGCCAACGAAAUGCGUUUUGCAUAAAUGCCGCGACACUGGGCCUGACUACGACUGGUUCGCAGUCAUCCUCGCCGCGUGCCGCCGCCAACCAGAAGCCAGGAGAAGGUGAACAGCAACUGGAGCAGGACAGAAAGGCGCGCAAGAACCCAGGGGAGGACGCGACGGAGCGAGAGCUGAAGCGUGAAGAACUGGAAACAGUUAGGAAGGAACAGGAGCAACCGCCACAGGAUCAGCCGGACACGGAGCCGCCGAGCAUAACAACGCUCUUUGCAAGCCUGCGAGGUGGAGCAGAUGCGUCUGCUGCUGGCAGCACUGCGAGUGUGGACCACGUGCAAUGUAAUGCCAGUUCGGAGCCCACGUCCACGGAGCACUACCGCAAUCAGCUCAAGAAGCUGCGCGGCAUAUGCGGAGAUGCGGCCAUGAUGAACUUUGAGCUGAAUAGCAUAUUUCUUAAGCGGCUCGAGGAGAUCGAUUGCAUGGACCAACAAAGCGGCGGUGAUUCGAACGUGACGCCACAGUUGCGCCUGGUAACAUUUCAGGAUUGGGUCGACUUGUUGCUGCAUGUCAACUACAUUAUAUUUGGCAAUAUGUCCGCCAUGGAGGUGGAGGCCUACGAGAAGAUCAUGAACUGUUUCCAAUCGGUGCGCGGCGAACAGCAGCAGGCUCUGGACGAGAAUCGCAAGCUGCGCAAGGACAUUUGUGCCAUUAUAAAGCUGGUGCAGGAGGCUUUUCAUCAUAAUAUCUGGAACACGGAUGAAAUGUGUCUGGAAACUCUGACGGUCAAUCAGCUGCUCGGCCUACAGGCCGAUCAGCCCCGCCCGGAGAGCGAGGCCGAGAAGGUUACCAAAUGCAUGAGAUCUCUGGCCAACGAGGUGGCCGCCAAGCAUGAUGAGGUCUGCCAUCUGCAGGACCAGAUGUGUGCGCUCGACGAAGUGGUCCAAACCGCGCGACAGAAGAUCAUCCUCAAAGAUAAGUGCAUAGCGCAGCUCAAUCAGCAGUUAAUGGAACUGCAAGAUUGUUUGUCAAGCAUGACGCACGGAACAAACACCAAGGCAAGUUUAACUGAGGAUUUCGAUGUCGACUUCAACCAUGUGGACUUCAGCAGCUGUUUGUUCGAGGGCCUCAACGAGAAGGACCAACAGGCCAGCGAGUUGCUGCGCAUGCUCAACAAGGAACUGACCGAAUUCAUAGAUCUGAUCAGCAAGAAAGACUUUCAGGCCAUGGAGUGCCGUCGAAAGCUGCUCUCCUGCUUCUUCGAGAGAAUUAACUGCGAUCGCGCCGAUACAUUACGCAAAUUGGAGAACUUGCGUGCACAGCUGCGGGCGUUGGAUUGCAAUUUUGAUCAGCUGGAUGCACCGAUUGCCUGCAGCACCCAGAUGACUGAGGACGACUUUGAUGUACAGCUCAUCGAUGCAUUGCGUCGCCGCCUAUGGAACAUCAACGAAUGCAACAAGGAGCUCAAUUCCAGAUGCCAGCGUUUGGAAGUCCAGCACCGAGUUGAACUGAUGGAAAUCCGUUGCCUAUACGAAGCUGAACGUUCCAUAAAUGUCAAAAACUGUGAGGCAUUGAAGCAGAUAGCUGAUCUACUCUCCAAAUUGCGCUGCUCCGAUCUCUCUUAUGAGGAGAUCUACACAGAGAAAUCGACAAAUAAUCCAUUUUGCGUUGCCAUCAUGGAAAUGUACGAGAAACUAAACGAGCUAGAGAAUAGUGGGGAGCAGGAGAAACAACUUUUAACCAAUAAAAGACUAGUUUGUCAAAUACAAAGUCUACAGAAUGCAUUGUUGGAUCGUGAUCAGCAAAUCGAGCAGCUGCGCUCAACGGUUAAUGGUUACAUCGACCUCAAUGAGACCAACAGACUCAAGGAUGAAAUCUCAGCACUGAAACAAAAGAAUACUGAACAGUCUCAAAAAGUUUUGGAAAUUGCCAGUUUACUGAAAGCGCAGGAGGAAGAGCGGCAGAAGCUAUGCCAAAUCAAUGAAGAGCUCAUGAAUAACUAUGAGGAGCAGGCCAAGAAGUUGCGGCGAGCGGAUCGCGAAGUGCAAAACCUACAUGACUGCGUGGAGCAACUGAAGAAGCGGCAGGAUGAGCUAAAAACAGAGCGAAAUCUGUUGCGUGAAGAGGUAACCGCACUUAAGGAGAAGGACGCCAAGAGCACUGGCCGGGAACGGGCGCAGGCCGAUCAGCUGAAAAGCCGUCAGGCGGAGCUUGAUAAAUCGCGUUGCCUCGUCCGCGACAUGCAAAACCAUCUGAAGCAGGAGGAGCGCCAACACAAGGAAACGCUGGAACGUCUUUGCCAAGCCAACGAGGAUAUCCGAGUGCAAAUGCGCGCCGUUGCCUGUGAAUGCAAACAGAUGCAGCUCAAGCUGAAACAGCAGACGAACGUGAACGAGCAGCAGCAACAGAUUAUAGAAUCAUUCCGCAAGUGGAAGGAUGCGCAGAUCAGAUCGGAUGAAGCAAUGCGCCAGUGCAUCAAGCGUGCCGAGGAGCAUAUCAGCCUAUUGCUGGAGGAGAACCAGCGUCUGUGCGAGGAAUACAGGCGUCUAUAUAACGACUACUGUCUGCUCGAGGUAGAGUUGCGACGUUUCAAGGUCGCGGUCAACAGUAGUCGGUUUGUAGGCGGUGGUUACGAGCAGCCGGAUAGUGUUGUCCUCAGCGGGCAAGAGGUGCACGAUAAUAUGGCCAACCGUAUGAGGUUCAUGUGCAACACCACAGAGCGCCUAUCCGAACAGUGCAAAACCCUUAAUGCCGGCACCCUGCCUGAUCUUUCCAUAAAUCAACGAUUUGCUGCAGGCGGCGAGCAACAAUCAUCCGCCAAACAGACCAAGCCCUGGCAGUUGAGUGGGUCCAAGUCUACAUCCAGCUUGCUGUAGAAUAUGUUUAUUCAUCCCUUCUGCUUGCGGUUUAAUGCGAAUAUUUAUUCUUUCAAAUCGGUUCAUUUCGCGUGAUUGUUUUUUUUUAUCACAUUAGGACAACAGCUGUAAAUUCAAAGUUGUAAUUUAUAAGACAAAAUAACUAGAGUAUAUGCUUGUGUAAAGCUUUUUGACUUGA